GGCUAUGGAAACCCGCAGACGCCAAACUUCAGGAAGUGCGUGAAAAGAGUGCGGCCUUCAGUUUCAGCUUCACGAUUUUGGAAGGGAUCUGUAUUGUUGCGUUUUUUAGAAAUAGUCAGAACGCUAAUACUUUGGGGGCGGGGUGGCUUACUAGUUUUUGAGCUUUUGCGAAUUUCGAUAUUUAAGAAAAAUCAAGGAGCCUUCUUGACUCGACAAACUAUUUAUGUUCCGAGUGCAACAACCCCGCUCAUCUCAUCGCUGUGAUUUAAAGGCGAACGAACGGAAAGUCUGUGGAAUAAAGUUUAGCUAGUUUCAAAGGCGACCCCUUUUUUAUUUUGCUUUUUUACGAACACGUUUCGAUCUUCCAUGGCCAUUUAUGAAGUUUACUCCCACCCUGCUUUACUGAGGUACAAGACCAGUAUCUGCACCAAAGCCACGCUUUUCCUAAUAAUCGUCCUGUGUCUCACCUACAUCUCUCCUUUGCUGGUGGCUUACAGAAGCCAAGGUUUCUGGACAAAGUCCAGCACGUAUGAGGAGCAACCCAGCAUCACGUUCCAGUACCAGGUGCUGUUAAUUGCUGCAACCAGCACCAGUGGAGACUAUGUAGCCUGGAGCACAUUUCAAAAUUUCAACAAUCUGCAGGGUGGCAACCUCAGAAUCCCUUCAAUAUCAGCCAGAGAGGAAGACCGGAAUCAGGAUGGGAAGUUUGACCAGCUGAACCUUCGUCUGGCGCUCCCACUGCGGCAGAGCGAGCCGGUGUACAGCGUUCAGCUCAUUCUCACCUUCUCCUACAAGCUCUUCAGGAUGUCCACCUUCAUCAUGCAGAGCAUGGCCUACAUCCAGCACUCCUCGUCUGUUCCAGGGUCUCAACUUUUUGUCAGUGGGGACCUCAAACUGCAGCAAAGGCAGCCACUGAAGCACAGAGGUCUUGACACCACCUAUAAUGUUUCUGUUAUCAAUGGAAACAGCCCCUUUGCAAGUGCCUAUGAUCUGACUAACAUCAUUGGCUCAUAUCAGGAAAGAAAUGUUUCCACCGUGCUGUCAAACCCCAGCCCUGUGUGGGUUUUGGGCCGAGCUGCCGGUGCACCCUUUGAAAUAAAUGCAGUCAUCAGAUACCCCGUGGAGAUCAUCACAUAUCAGCCUGGCUUCUGGGAAAUGAUCAAGUUUGCCUGGGUCCAGUAUGUCAGCAUCCUUCUCAUUUUCCUCUGGAUCUUUGAGAGAGUCAAGAUCUUUGUCUUCCAGAACCAGGUACUGCCCACAGUGACGGUCCCUCUGUUCAAACAGCACGAAUCCUAAUUCAGACCCUAAGACUGCAGACAGACGCUGGUUCAGCAUGACAUUGGUAUGCAUUUCUUCAGAGCUUUCAUUCAACAAUACUUGAAAACUCCAAAAACACUAAACUUUUUAGAUUCAUGCUUCAAUGCUCUACUGACCAGGUUAAUCCAACAAAAGAGAAACAAGGAUGGAUGUGUAUUUACUGAAGAGCUUAUCCGGAUCCUCUGCAGGUAUAACCAGUGUAUGUCCUCAAUCUAUUUAACCCCAGGGGAACAAAGCUACAUUUGUUGACCCUCUUCAGUAAAAGGGUACUAUGUCCUGGUUAGCCUGCUUUAGUAUUCAUCUAGGCAUGUUCUUAAGAUUCAUGAUUUGGUUUUUAUGAAAACGGCUCUCUUUACAGAGCUUGCACAUUACAGAAAAUUUAAAUCUGCCUCCUACAGAGGGAAAGAAACAGUUGUGUGAAAGAAUUUCAGUACAGAAUAUAUUGAUCAAGAUAUUGCCCCAGGUAUAACAGGAUGUUAGUUUAUGGAUGAUGCACAUUCAUGGAUAUAUAUGUUUAUUAAUUAUAUCUGGGAUGAAACUAAAACUGAUCACACAGCAUAUUGAACCAUUUAAAAUGUAUUUACAAACUACAGGCUUCCAUAAAAGCUGAUGUAAGUUUCUGAAUAGAUCUCUCAAUAAUACAUUUUAUAAGUUAUACUGCAGAAAGAUGUUGAAUUAUUAUGGUAUAUUUAAUAAAUAUACUGUGUAUUUAUAAAACAGUUUGCUUUUCUGCUUUGGCUGUGUGAUUUGUAUUUCAGCCUACAGCUUGUAAAACCUAAAUGGACCAAACUGCUGUGAGCCAACUGCCAGAUUUCCCGUAAAAAGUAUUUGCUUGAGCAAGAGUAUGACAAAUGGUUUUUCAUUGGAAAUUUUGCAUUUGACCUACCUAACCAAUUUGGUACUGAUUGAUCCAAGGAUCUCAUUCAGCUGUUUCUUGAAAGAAGGCGAAGUAUCAGUUUCAACAACAUGGUGGGAAACAUGUUCCACAGUCCCACAACCCUUGGGAUAAUGAAGUGCGUCCUGUUCUCAUCUUUAAAUACAAUUAUCUAUAGUUUC